AGCCAAUCACCGGGCGCCUCGCGCGCACCGUGCCUCAGCCUCAGCCACAGCUGCAUUCCCUGCCUGGAUCACCGGCUCCGGGACCGUGAAGAGGCCGCCAUGUCCCCGCAGUGCCCCGGUCACACAGUUGCAAACACAUAAAAGGCCUAUCUCCUGAGAGAUGGAAUCCAUCACCAUGAUGGGAAGUCCCAAGAACGUGAACGAGUCCUUCCUACCGAAUGGAACAAAUGGCAUAAAGGAAGACAAAACCACCAUAGGGAUCCUGGGAAGUGGAGACUUUGCCAAGUCAUUGACCAUACGGCUUAUAAGAUGCGGCUAUCACGUGGUUAUCGGAAGCCGAGAGCCCAAGUGCGCUGCCGACUUCUUCCCUCACGUGGUAGACGUGACUCACCACGAAGACGCCAUUUUGAAAGCAAACAUUAUAUUUGUAGCAAUACACCGAGAACAUUACUCUUCCUUGUGGGACCUGAAGCAUUUGCUCAGUGGGAAAAUCCUGGUGGACGUCAGCAAUAACAUGAGAGUGGAUCAGUACCCCGAGUCCAAUGCUGAGUAUUUGUCGUCACUCCUCCCUGACUGCUACGUGGUCAAAGGAUUCAAUGUGGUUUCUGCAUGGACACUGCAGUUAGGCCCGAAAGACGCCAGCAGCCAAGUCUAUAUUUGCAGCAAUAACGUCCAGGCUCGGCAUCACGUUAUCGAACUCGCUCGCCAGAUGAAUUUCAUCCCAAUUGACAUGGGGGCGUUAUCGUCCUCCAGAGAGAUCGAGAACCUGCCUCUGCGCCUCUUCACCCCCUGGAAGGGCCCGGUGGUCAUCGCCAUCAGCCUGGCUACUUUCUUCUUCGUCUAUUCUUUCAUCCGAGACAUUAUUCAUCCGUACUUUAAAAACCAGCAGAGUGACUUCUACAAGAUCCCCAUCGAGAUCGUCAAUAAGACUUUGCCUGUGGUCGCCAUCACUCUGCUGUCCUUGGUGUACCUGGCCGGGCUCCUGGCGGCCGCUCACCAGCUGUACUAUGGCACAAAGUAUAGACGGUUCCCCCCCUGGCUGGAGAAUUGGCUCCAGUGUAGAAAACAGCUGGGUCUCCUCAGCUUCUUCUUUACGGUCGUGCAUGUUGUGUACAGCAUGUGCCUGCCCAUGAGGAGGUCGGAGCGCUACUCCUUCCUCAAUACGGCGUAUCAGCAGGUUCACGGUAAUGUGGGGAACUCCUGGAAUGAAGAAGAAGUGUGGAGAGUGGAAAUGUAUAUCUCCUUUGGUAUAAUGAGCCUGGGUCUCCUCUCCUUGCUGGCCGUCACCUCCAUCCCGUCUGUCAAUAGUGCCUUAAACUGGCGGGAGUUCAGCUUCAUUCAGUCCACUCUUGGAUACGUCGCCUUGUUGAUCAGCAUCUUCCAUGUUUUGAUAUACGGCUGGAAGAGGGCCUUCGAAGAAGAGUAUUACCGCUUUUACACCCCUCCAAACUUUGUCUUAGCGCUAAUCCUGCCCACAAUAGUAAUCCUUGGAAAGAUUGUGUUACUCUGCCCGUGCGUCAGCAAAAAGUUACGACGGAUUAAAAGAGGCUGGGAGAAGAGUCACUUCAAGGUGAAUCCGAGCAGCACCGCGGCACACAUAUCUCCUGAGAGAGUGACGGUGAUGUGAUGAGACACGUACUUCUUAUACCGUCAGCCAGCAGGGGGCAUAAAGAUAGUAGGAAAUAAUGCAGCACAUAUUGCUACUGUUCCCUCAUUUUUGUUUUCAUCCAUACCAGCUAUAGUUAAAGGGAGGCUGUCAGCAGUUUUGACCAUGUUCAAUAGCUGACAGAGGAGAGCAGGGCAAACAGACCUUUUGCAAAUGCGUUUAUGACCAGGAGUAGUGUAAAUAUGAAGUUUUCUGCUCCUGCACGUGGCCAGGGCGGAGCUUUACAGCCCCUCCCCUCUGCUCUGAGUGACAGCUGUAGCAUCCAAACAGGAGACCAGUCUGUCACCCAGCAGAGGGGAGGAGCAGUGAAAGAGCUCAAUGCAGAGAGCACUUCACAGUGAAACUCCUAAAGACUUGUAGGAGCAGAACCUGGCAGAAUAAAAUGUAAUAUUCUCUCUACUCCUGAUGAGAAAAGCUCCACAAAAGGCAUAUUUGUCCUGCUUUCCCCACCACUACCUAGUGCUGCCAGCAGUUUAGCAUAGUCAGAACUACUGACAGAAUCCAUUUAAAGAGUUCCUCAUGUAUUGGAAGCAGGGAUUUCAUGUGAUCCAUUAAUGUACAGAUGUAGCAGAGCUGAAUAUUUAAAUGAUUGGAGCUAAUUAGGACCCAUUGUGAGAGGGGGCCCAGCACUGAACUGCUACUUCUAAUUACCAACUUGCUUAUAACGUUUUUUUGCAGCCACUAGGGGGAGCUUACUGCAUAGACAUUGUACAGGUCUCAUUUAGGUGGAGACAUGUGGCCCAACAUGAAGAUUGCGGUGUUGUACUGCGGCAUCGCAUCUAAGGAUUGUCAGUGGGGUCGCAGUGUGACACACUGACAUGCAGUGACUGAGAUACAGCAAUUGCUAAAAAAAAAUUCAACACAGUUUGAAUUUUCAUUGCAAGUCUCAUGUGACUCUCAUAGACCAAAGUGCAAGUUGCAUACGACUGCGAAUCGCCUGCAACUCUUCUACAGCUAGGCUGUCUAUUUUACAACCGAGUCACAGCUCUAAAAUAGUCGCAUGACAGCAAGUUGUAGACAAGUCGGCCAAAUGUUUUUAGGUUGUGUGACUUUUCAGAGAUAAAGAUUCAAUACAAGCAGAACAAAUCCAUAUGCGUUGAGCUCCCCCUAGUGGCGAGAUUUAUCACUGAAAGGGGUUGUCAUUAAGACAACUUUUGUCCAUAUGGCCUAUUAGGGCAUAUGAACAUCAUAUGUUUUUGUAGUGUGGGAAGAAACCUAGAGAACCCGGAGGAAACUCACGCAAACACGAGGAGAACAUACAAACUCCGUGCAGAUGUUGUCCAUUGGUCCAAUUUGAAUCCAGGUCUGUAGCACUGCAAGGCACCAGUGCUAACAACUGAGCCACCGCAGCUGUCAUCUAAAUGGCUACCGAGCAAUCUUACAUUUCCCCUGCAGCAACCACUGCAGGGGAAAUGCCAGGUGAGCCCGACAGUGGUCAGCUGAUUACCCCUGGGGGGCUGCAAUGUGUUCCCUGAUGAGACAACCCCUUUAAUUCUAGGACUGUGUGAGGGAGUUAGGUCAUUUGGAUCUCUAUGUCUGAAAAUCAGACCUGUAACCCUAUAAAGAGGUUAGAAAAUCACAGUGGACCUUAGUAUGAAUAGAACGGUCGUACAUUUGCUGGAGCUGGUGGGUUGGGCCCUUUCCGAGUUGUUUUAUGUGUGUGGUCAUGAUCCCUUCGGAUUAUCCCACUGCUGUUGACUGACCCACAUGGUGGGGUGCUAACUGGGGCUAUAUAUUGGGAUGUGCAUCAUGCAUAAAGCAUAAGUAAAGCCUCAGACAGUUGAAGGCGGCUGGUAUAGCUUUGUAUUAGCUACACGUUCAUGCUUCAUCGAUGAGGGCAUCUGGGUAACUCAGCUCUGCUACAUCUGGUAUUUUGCCAACGUAUAGACUGUGUCCUCUUUAAUUGUGGUUCAUGGCCCCCACGGUGAUGUUACUAGUGCAAUAUUAGAUUCAGAUCCCUGAUGGAAUGAAUGGGAAAGGUCCGUUACUGGUAAGGUACAGUAUUCUGUAUGUAUGUACUUUUUAAUUCAUUUCUAUGAAGUUGUUCUAGACCAGAGGCCUAAACCCAUAGGAUCGUUGCCUCCUUUGUAUAUAAGAAACGGCCCAGUCUUUAGUCCCAGCUUAAAAUGUAGAAAUACCCAGUACAUUCCGUCAACUGUGCGCACAAAAAAUGUGUCCGAUAUUGAUUUGCAACACUGGACAAAAAGAACGUGCAGUGGAGCCCUCUGGUGGCAGCGCUGAUACUGUACCUUUGUAUCUGCAGUUCUAAAGCCAAGAUGCCAUCCGCGUAUUACCACAGUCCUGUGUAGUAUAGAGUUUCCAUAACGGCGUCAUGUGGCAAUAACACACACACUUCCCAAAAUAAAAAAAUGCACUCGUAAAUAUGGAUCCCAGUCGUCCUAUUCCAUGAAAAUGGAAAUGUUCAGCCCUUUUUUAGUUAUAUCUAUUAGGAUGCAUUUACACAAGAUGUUUUUUGACCAUGCGGUCAAAAAAACAUAUGAUAACUCUUUCCUGUUAUUUUAGUAAACAGAGGUGCGUCUUAUAGGCCAAAAAAUACGGUACAUGGAUUUACCGCCAUUCAAGUGCAUUGAAAAGAGGCGAUUCACCUAUACAGGUCACACGGGUGAAAACCGCAUUGAAAAAUUGCGGAAAUUCACAAGAGGGCAGACAGGGAAACCUGUGCAGGGCGUCCCCCUCCAGAGGCCCGUAGCAUUAGUUUUGGAGAUUGGACCCGUGGGUUAUUGGAAGAAAACAGGGGGUGGCCAACAAGCACCACGUCCUCCGCUCCCAGGUGGUGUGGGUGUAGCAGCACGAGAAGCAGACCCCCGACCUCUGCGUACAUCCAGACAUUUGCCAGAAGAUAAGAAUUGGAGGACUCUCCACUAUAUUUAAUGGCGAUUUUUUUAAAAAAAAUUUGGGGGGGGAUAUUCAGGACUUUUCCGUGUUUUCGUGCAGUGUUAAACCUCUUAUAUGGUGUUACAGGGAUUUCAGUAUCAAAGUGUACAGUGUUUUGUAUUUGCAGUAAUUCAUCGGAACAUCCGCUUUCUAGUGACGUUGGGUUUUUCAUUUUUAUAAGAAAUUUAAAUCUCUCAUAGGAAAAGUAAUGUAAAAUGCAGAUCAUGAGCUAAAAAAUGGUAGAGGGGUUUUUACCACCAUAGACAUUUACAGUAUAUUCACAGGAUUUGCCGUACAUUUUAGGUUAGAGUGGAGUUCAACUUCUAAGGCUGUGUUCACAUCAUGUUUCUGUCCCAUGUUUAAUGUAUACAUAUGACCAGCCCCUAAGGGUGCCACUUGUCCGGAGAAAUCGGGGUCCCUUGACCAGAGGUUGGUGUCACCCCAGGUCCUGGAGUCUAAGGUGGCUCAUAAGGUCCGUUUUCCCAGACCAGUACUUUGAAAGUCGUUUGCAGUUGAUAGUCCUGUUACAGAUUUUGGAUUGUAGCCCAAUUAAAGGGUUUUUUCCCGAGUUUAAAAAUUGGUCCAAAAAGGGGAAUGGCAUAAAAUAACAAAGUACCUAUUAGAUCACCUGAUAAAUCCCCUACCGUUCCAGCACCACCCGCUAUGCAGCUCCUCGCUCCCCUUUGUUAAAGUAGCUGCAGGGAUGGCAUACCCAAAUACUGACCUGACCGCUGCAAGUCAGCGAUUGGCUGCAGCGAUCACAUCGGUAUGUGGACUUGUCAUCAUUGCGGUCAAGCAAAAAAAGACCGGGACCACCAGAGCAUUAGUGCUUGAAUGGCGGGGGAUUUAUCAGAGGAGUAAGGCCCCUUUCACACGGGCGAGUUUUCCGCGCGGGUGCAAUGCGUGAAGUAAACGCAUUGCACCCGCACUGAAUCCGGACCCAUUCAUUUCUAUGGGGCUGUGCACAUGAGCGGUG